AUGACGCCGUGGUUCUCCAGCUCCCCGGCUGCUCCACCAAGCUGGUUGAUGGCUCCUCCGCAACUCUCCAUCAUCAGCUACCACCAACCAGCACCCGAUAGGAUAUAUUCCAUAUUUCUCGUUUGUCAUCCGUCUCUGGAUACCGAUAAUUUCUCAGCUCUGUGUUCAUCGGAUCCAUCAAACAGUGUCAGUGCAACAACGCCGAAAGCCAAGACACCGCCGGACGGCAGCCCCUCGAUGGAUCAGCACGACGACUUUGAUAGCGUCUCGUGGAGACAGGACCCGGAGAGCGACAUCUCUCGACCCACCACAUCAGGGACAGAUGCGGAUGAGCCGCAAGGAUACAAUCAUGAUACCAAUGGCAAGCGGAGGAUGAGCUCAGUUCACGAAGACCCGCCUCAGGCCGGGCCGCUGGCGGACGCCGUGGACCUGGCGGGUAUCGGGGAUGGGGUACUGGAAUGUCGAGUCGAUUCCCCUUUGAAAGAGAACGAUGGAACUAAGGAUGCGUACAUUUCGUAUCUCGUCACUACACAUACCGAUUUCAAGUCCUUUCAGAAACCAGACUUUGCUGUGCGGAGGCGAUUUACCGAUUUCUAUUUUCUGUACAGGACUCUUUACCGGGAAUAUCCUGCCUGCGCGGUCCCGCCGCUCCCAGAGAAGCAUAAGAUGGAGUACGUGACGGGAGAUCGGUUCGGGCCGGAGUUCACCACUCGUCGCGCUUGGUCAUUACAUCGAUUCUUGAAGCGCCUGGCAUUGCACCCUGUCCUUCGUCGAGCUCCGUUGCUCGCUAUUUUCCUCGAAUCGCCAGACUGGAAUGCGCACAUGCGGCUGCACUCUACCCGCACCUCGACGGGUAACUCGGAUGGUAGCGGCACGGGGAUAUUCGACAACUUCACGGACACAUUUGUCAAUGCAUUCACAAAGGUUCACAAGCCAGACCGUCGAUUCAUCGAGGUCAAGGAGAAGGCCGACAAGCUAGAUGAGGAUCUCAACCACGUUGAGAAGAUCGUUGCCCGAGUAGCGCGCCGGGAGAGUGAUCUCGAGGCAGACUAUAACGAUCUUGCGACCCAAUUCCGGAAGCUUGUGCCCCUCGAGCCGGAUGUCGAGGUCCCACUACAGAUCUUCGCGGCAUCGGUGGAGGAGACGGCGCGGGGCUUCAAGACGCUCAAAGACCAUACGGAUCAGAACUAUCUGGGCUCUCUACGGGAUAUGGAAGCAUACAUUGUCUCCGUCAAAGCCCUCCUCAAGACUCGCGAGCAGAAACAACUUGACUUUGAAGCGCUGGUCGAUUAUCGCAACAAAGCGGUGGCUGAGCGGGACUCGCUUGCCGCCAACCCAUCUUCCUACUACGCCUCUAACCCUCUAACUUCAUCGCCUGCCUCAUUCAUCCGCUCGAAGAUGGAAGACAUGCGCGGGGUCGACCACGAACAGUCGCGUCGGGAGCGUGUCCGGAAGCUGGAGCUACGCAUCGACGAGCUCACUCGGGAGGUGGAGUCGGCCAAGACCACAUCAGAGAUGUUCGAUGAGGAAGUUGUCCGCGAAGUAGCCGACUUUGAACGGAUAAAGGCGGUUGAGUUUCGAGAUACGCUGGGGGCUCUUGCUGAAAAGCACAUCGACUUUUUCCAGGGCGUGAUAAACACUUGGGAAAGAUUCGUUGCUGAAAUGGAAGGCGACCUUGAUAACGAUCCGGAAACGUCGGAACAUGGUCGCGGGGAGGGAGUGGCAGCGUAG